GGAAAUGAAGUUGUGAGAGACAAACCAGCCCAGCAGCAACUCUUCUCUGUCUGUCUCCCUGUGUUCAAGUAGACACCUGGCAACGCUCACGACUGGAGACAUCCACGACAAAUAUCUCAGCUAUGAAAGUCGUCCGUUUGAGCGGCAGGUUGUAGCUUACAAAGUAGUGCUCGUUACUCGGAUAUCGGACUUUUUUAUCGGAGUAACGUUACCCUGGAUAAAGAAAGUGGAGACAACCUGCUAGCCUGCAGCUAACCUUUAGCCUCGAGUCUGUCCGUCUCUCGUGUGCUUCACUAUUAAGAGUUUAUUCGACCUGGGAUCCGGGAUCGCCUGUCGUCAGUCAUGCCUUUUCCUUUUGGGAAGUCUCAGAAGAGUCCGGCUGAAAUAGUGAGGAGCCUGAAGGAGAAUGUGGCAUAUUUGGAAAAGUUGGAUGCUGGAGACACCAAAAAGUGUGAGAAGAUUGCAGAGGAGGCAUCCAAAAAUCUCGCUUCACUGAAGGAGGUGCUUUCUGGAACAGGUGAUAAGGAGCCUCAAACCGAAGCCGUGGCCCAACUCGCUCAGGAGCUGUACAACACCAACCUCCUCAUCGCUCUCAUUGCAAACCUGCAGAAGAUUGAUUUUGAGGGGAAGAAGGAUGUGGUCCAUUUGUUCAGCAAUAUUGUCAGACGUCAGAUUGGCACCCGUACACCGACGGUAGAAUACAUCUCUACACACCCACAGAUUCUCUUCAUGCUUCUGAAAGGAUAUGAGAGUGCAGAAGUGGCUCUUAACUGUGGCAUGAUGCUGAGAGAGUGCCUGCGUCACGAGCCCCUGGCGAGGACAGUGCUUUUCUCUGAAGAGUUCUUCUGCUUCUUCCGUUACGUGGAGCUCUCGACCUUUGACAUCGCCUCAGACGCGUUCGCCUCAUUCAAGGAUCUUCUCACAAGGCACAAGAUAAUGUGUGCAGAUUUCCUGGAGAACAACUAUGACAGGGUGUUUACAGAGUAUGAAAAGCUUCUGCAUUCUGACAACUACGUCACUAAACGCCAGUCUUUGAAGCUCCUUGGGGAACUUCUCCUGGAUAGACACAACUUUACUGUCAUGACAAAGUACAUCAGUCGUGCAGAGAACUUGAAACUGAUGAUGAACAUGCUGAGAGACAACAGCCGAAACAUCCAGUUCGAAGCAUUCCACGUCUUCAAGGUAUUCGUUGCGAACCCGAACAAGACUCAGCCCGUGCUGGACAUACUGCUGAAGAACCAGACCAAGCUCGUGGAGUUCCUGAGCCACUUCCAGACGGACCGAUCCGAGGACGAGCAGUUCUGCGACGAGAAAAACUAUCUGAUCAAGCAGAUCCGGGACCUGAAGAGACCCACGGCGCCCGAGGAAGCUUAACGGUGCAGGGACGACUUGCUGUCAGGUGGUAGAUUCUCAGAGGUGGUGGUUGGAGCUGCAGAGGGCUAAGUGAAAGAGUGAGAGAAACCUUGCUUGAUUAUGAAUUAAUAUUAAGUACAAAAUAUAGGAAACAAAGUUAAGAUUACUUCCUUCACUUUCUGGUGUAGUGUGGACGUGGAGGUGAUUUCCAUCCAGCAACAUGAGUGGGCCAAGAACUGUUAUUUAAAACCUCAGUGCUUCUUCUUCUUUAGUGAUAUUGAAAUGUCUAGUCCGUUCUUGUAAUGUUGGACCUUAAACUGUUACCCUUCCACAUGCAUUCAUUAUCGCUGGCAGUAACUUUAGUGAUGCCACACCUUUCACAGCCAACACGCGCUCUGAGGCGUUCUCGAAAGUCCGUUUCCUGAACUUGUCUAUAUUUUAAAGAUUGAAAAACGCUGAGAAGUAAAUAUAUUAUUUUUCUAAUAUAUCGUCCUGGUAAGAGCUUUUAAUGCAUACAGUAACUCUUCUCUCUCAACACUGCUUACUUUAACUAAUUGCUUGUUUGGUUUAUUGCCUUAUUGUAAGCAGUUUUUGUACAGGGAUGUAAUAAUCUGUAGGACUAUGGCUUUGGCAGAGUGGCAUCUGGAGCAUAUAGGCCGGGGCAGCAACUAGUAGUUGUAGUAGUAGUAGUAGUGGUAGUAGCUGGUGAUUUAUUUAAUAUGUAGUUAUCAGGCCUUUGGUUGCAUGUGUGGGUCAGGAGUGACCCUGCAGUGCUGUACUUGCCAACGCAUUAGCCGGCGCAGGAAGAGGAAAAUCAAAACCAUAGAGGAAUCAAUUAAUUGUGCUGUGAUUUUUUUUUUUUUUUUUUUUUUUUUUUGGUUGUGUCCAGCGACACACGACUGAAAUAGAAACAGGGCAUCAGAUAAUGCUGCAGGGUACCAGCCAUGCGUUAGCGGCUAACAGCCAGCAUGUACCGAUCGAUCUCACUGGGAGCACUCCUGUUCAUCUUGACAGGCCGAGCACAGACUGCAACGAUUUCACAGAAUUUAAGCCUAAAACAUGAAAAAAAAAAAAACACAAGGAAUAAUAGUGCUGUUCAUGCAGCAGUGAUGACCACAGGGAUGCAUCCUAAGAAUGUCACACUGUUAUAUUCAUAUCAGAAAACAACAGCCACAUAAGGAACACCUGCUCUGCUAAUUUGUACUUUACUGGAAUAUGUUUGCUCAAAUUAAAUCACCUAAACGUCUUAAAUAAAAGCUCCCACCCACCACAGAGUUAGAUAUUUUGGCACAAAUUAAAGUGGCCAGUUUCAGAUUGUUGAUAUGACUAUAAUGGUGUGCCGUAGCAUUACUGCGAUCCAUCCGAAACUAGGUGCCAUCAAAACAACCACACGCACUGUUAAACAUGAAAGGACGAUGGGAGCUGAAGUCAUCGCUGAUUAACCGAAUGUUUUUUAAUCGCGUUCCUUCCGCCGUCGUCACUAAAACGGCUGAAACUAAGGAUUUCAAGAUGCGUCGUCUGUGCACAGUCUUCUAGCAUAUACCUCAUGGGGCUUGAGUUUGCAAAAGCUGCGUUCUCUUUUCUUUUCUUUCCAUUUUAAAACACACAACCGUGGUUUGUAUGCAUGUCUAAAUAUGAUAUAUAUAUACAUAUAUAUAUGUUCAAACUUGAACAGGGACUGCAGCCUGGUUUUCACAGUGGAAGACUAGCUUUUUUUUAAAUAAAAAAAACUUUAAAUAUUUCAUUGGGUGGUGCUACACAAACGUUAAUUCAUAAUGAAUUGCAGUGUGGUACCUUGUAAUGAACGUUGCCUUAUUUAAAGACGUUAAAUGGAUCGUGAUGAUCGUGUAAAAAAUUCCAGACCGCUUAAUUUGUUUUUAAACCAAAGUCAAUAUUGAAAAAGGGUUAAAAAAAUAAAAUAAAAUAAAGUACAUUUCAGGUCCCGAAUGGAUUACUAGUUGAUUUCUCAGGUUCACAUGCAGAGUGAGUCUGUCGCUAACUGCAUUAUGCUCCGAAUGUGAUCUUCUGGUUGGCUUUUCCUUUUUAAUUCACUGAUCUGUGUUUGGUACAACGCACCGAACAGUCACGAGGUCAGUGUGAGGCCUUUUUUUUUUGAGGAGCCCUCCGAUAAUUAGAGAACUCUGCUGUGAAAGUGGUACAUUUAUGCAUUAAUAGACUGAAGUCCUGCACACAUUACACCGUCGUGUCAUCGGUUCAUGAUAGAAGGUUAUUCUGACAGAGUCUCUUGUAAUAUCCUGAUUGUGAUCUAAUCCUCCGAUCUUUUUCUGACACUUAAAAAAAAAAAAAAACUACGGAUGAAGUUGACUUAACCCACAUACGCUCAGUACCAAGAGCUCACUCAACCUUACUGAUCUAAAGGAAAUGUAUAAUCUCCAGUAGCACUAUCCAACAUUAUUUGGCUACUGUCUAACAAAUGUGUGUGUGUGUGUAUAUAUAUAUAUAUAUAUAUAUUUUAAACAAAAUACUCCAAAUUAUUAUUCAGAUUGGGGGUGUAAAAGGUGUAAACUUUAAGAGUCCAGCCAUGAUGUGCACUUUGGGAAGGACAUGUUGUACUCAGCCGUCCCACCAGAGGGAGCGGUUGCCGACAGUCGCCACCUUGUAGUAGUUCUUCAAAUACAUAAAGCAUUUCAUGUUUCUAUAACCCUACCUCCAAUAAUGAGUAUAUAAAUAAAUCACUGGCAAUAUUAUGUAGGUUUCCAUUCAAAUUCCUUAAGAUCAAUACGAUAUAAUUCUUGAUUUAGAGUUUUCUCUUGUUAUUUUUGUUGCUUUUUCUUUUCUUUCUUUCUUUCUUUCUUUUUUUUUUUUUACUCUGUUGCCUUCUCUCUUUUUUCCCCCCUUCUUUCUCUUUCCACACUGGAUAUUUUAUUUACCAUGGGAGCGAAUAAUAAUGUACAUAACUUUAUAAAGGAUAAGUGAAGUGUGAAGCAUUCAUGAAAAUAAAACGUUACGGCAAA